UAUACACGUUCGUAACCAUAUUGAAAUGGCAUACUUGGGUAUGAAAGUACUCUUCAGUAAUAGAUAUUCCAUAUUUGUCAAAUUUUUUCUUUUUUUGUAAUCGGGCUUAGUUCUUAUCGAUUUUUAAACAUGGCUUACUUGUAUCAACCUGAUUACGUUCGUUAUAUGUGUAAUUGUGGUUCUCUAAAACCUAUUUCAAAAAUAUAUUUUUGUCGGCACUGUUUAAAAAUUCGAUGUGGUUACUGUGUCUGUCAAGAGGUUGAUUUAUAUUAUUGUCCAAAUUGUAUGGAAAAUUUACCCUCAUCAGAAGUUCGUCUUAAGAAGAACAAAUGCUCAAACUGCUUUAAUUGUCCUAAUUGUUUUCAAAUGUUGUCUACGAGAGCAGGACAUGUCCCAUUAAGACCAACAACAAAGGAAGGAGAAGAUUCAAAAGAUGUUAAAGUUUUACCUAAAAAAGUUUAUUAUUUAUCUUGUUCUUUUUGUCGAUGGAGUUCUAGAGAUGUUGGUAUUCCAGAUCAAUUUAUGGCCACAGGAAGAUGGUCUGAACAAGAAAAUCCUCAUACAAGAAGAAUUAAUGCCUUAAUAGACUACCAUAAAAUAUUGACUUCUAUAGAGAAGCGACAACGAGAAAGAAAAAAAUUUCAACCUAAACGUUCAUUUGUACAAUAUGAAUCAUUUGGACUAACAUCUGCAAUGAUACAUAAACAUAUUGUUCAGUCAAGAAAACCUCAGAUUCAAUUGCAAUUGUCUGAUCAACCAACUCCUUCUAUUGCUUCAGAAGAUGUGGAAGAACUAUCAUCAGAAAUAUUUACUGAGCCUAUAGAUAUUAUAAAAAUUAGUACUUUAGAGCAACGUUUACAUCACCCUGAUGUACAAGCAGAGAAUGUAAGUGAAUUACGUCCACAACGUAGGCAACUUUUAGUUAAGAGAUCACAACGUUGCAGAGUUUGUGAGCAUAAUCUUAGCAAACCUGAUAUAUGCCCGCAGUCUACAAAAUUCAAAAUUCAAUUAGCUGCAUUUUAUCAUAUACCUGAAGUAAAGAUUGUUACUUGUGAACCAUUAUAUCCUGGUAAACCCAGUGAAUUAUUUUUAAAGUUCUGCAAUCCUACACGACAUCCAACACAAAUAACUUUAUUUCCAUUGGAUGUGUCAAUGGCACCUAUUCCUGUUACUGAUGUUACAGAAAAAGGAGAAAUUAAGAAAGAUGAUGUGCAAAUGAUAAGUGAAGCUCUGAAUUCACUGCCUUCUGUUGUACGCCAAGCACCUGUUGUAGAAGAAGUUAAAACAAUAAAAGUUGUUCCAAAUGCAGAUUUAGUAUUACCUCAUAGUUCUUUAAUUUUGCCGGCUAGAGAUGAUGCUGCAGAAUAUGAUGACACGGUUGAUACACAUAAUUUUCAAGAUGAUCCAAAGCUUAUAGUCUGGAGAAAAGGAAACAAAGCAAUAGUGAGACUUAAUGUUACACCAUUUGAAAAUGAUGAGAUAAAAGAAGUUACAGUAGGAUUUGUAAUGCAACAUGGAUAUGUAAAUACAAUUACUGCUUUAGAACACAAAGCACCACAGAAAUUGGAUUUGAAGGUUAAAUUAUAUUUGACUCUUGGGAAACUUUGUAGUCCUACAUAGUAAUCUAAAGAUUAUUUACUUAAAGCUGAUUUAAAUAAAAGUGAAUGAAAAUUGUAACUUUUUAACACUGAAAAUGCACAGAAAUAUAAUAUCUAAAUCAUUGUAUUGUAAUCAA